UUAGCCUUUGUGCUGUGGGCGGCGUUUACUGUAACUUGAUAAUACUGCAGUCAGCGGCUGUGAGACACACAGUUACACUGUGAAUGCCAAAGUUCAUGGUCAUAAACAAAUCUAACUCUCUGUAAAGUGAUCAAGAUGUCGGACAGAGCAGACUUACUGCUGGAGCUGAAACGGAGAGUUGGCUGCUGUAUAGACGAAGCCAAAGCAAAGCUCCAUGAGCUCAGUAAGGACAUAUGGGGCUGUCCGGAGCUGGCUUAUGAGGAAACCAGGUCUCAUGACAGACUGGUGGCGUUUUUUAGUCAGGAGGAGGGCUGGAAGGUCGACAGUCACUUCAAACUGGAGACAGCAUUUCGAGCCACUUGGGGAGCUGGAGGAGGCGGCGAGCAGCAGGUCAACAUGGGCUUCCUGUGUGAGUACGAUGCCCUGCCUGGUAUUGGACACGCGUGUGGACACAACCUGAUAGCUGAGGUUGGAGCUGCUGCGGCUCUGGGGCUCAAAUCUGUGCUCGAGACCACAGAGAAGAAGCUCCCUGUGGGGGUGCAGGUGACGGUGCUGGGGACCCCGGCUGAGGAGGACGGUGGAGGUAAAAUUGACAUGUUAAUAGAGGGAGCCUUUGAUGGCCUCGAUGUGGUGUUUAUGGCCCACCCAUCAAAAGAGGAUGCCACAUACCUUCCCUGUGUGGCAGAGCACGAUGUAACCAUAAAGUAUCAUGGUAAGGCGUCUCAUGCCUCGGCCUACCCCUGGGAGGGAAUCAAUGCGCUGGAUGCAGCUGUGCUGUGCUACAACAACCUGUCUGUGCUGAGGCAGCAGAUGAAGCCAGAUUGGAGAGUUCAUGGUAUCAUAAAGCAUGGGGGAGUGAAACCAAACAUCAUCCCUGCCUACACUGAGCUGGAGUACUACCUGAGAACUCCCUCACGUACUGAGCUUCCCGUCCUAAAGGCAAAAGCUGAGAUGUGCUUUAGAUCGGCUGCUGUGGCAACUGGCUGUGAGGUUGAAGUAGAGUUUGCAAGAAAUAAAUAUGACAACAUGCUGCGCAACGCUGCACUGGAGGAGCUGUACAAGAAGAACGGCAAGGCUCUGGGGAUGGACUUCACCACAGAUGAAGAUGUUCUAAAUAAUGAAUCUGGCUCCACAGAUUUUGGCAAUGUGACGUUUGUUGUUCCCGGCAUCCAUCCAUACUUCUACAUUGGUUCUAAUGCUUUGAACCACACAGAGGAAUACACUGUUGCUGCUGGUGAUGACAGAGCUCAGUUCUUCACCCUGAGGACGGCAAAGGCUCUGGCCAUGACGGCCCUGGAUGUACUGCUGCAGCCAGAGCUGCUGCAGAGGGUGAAACAGGAGUUCACUGAGGCCAAACUGAAGGAGGACAGGAAGCAGACAGGAGGAGAGCACACAGAGCACUGUGCUAAACACUGUUGAUCCUUCCUGCACAUGGACUACAGACUCUGGAAGUUCCUGUUGUCAAAUGCAGCAUCCAGGGCUCAAGAGUACUUUACUACAUUUGAGCCUUUUUAUUACAAUCAUUUCAUUAUGAACGUGUAUGAAUGUUCUUUACUGUGGAGGCAGGAAGCUGCUGUUGAUGAUGUAUCUGUGUUGUUUUUGUUGCCCUGAUAGAAAUUUACUUUCACUAACUGGUUAAACUGAGAAAUCCUUCUUUAAUUAACCCUUUCUAUUACCCAACUGUUGAAAAAUAUCAACUGACUUUUUGGAGCAUUUUAUCUGUCCGAACCGCAUCACUCUGCCCAUUUCUACUAGUAAGCAAGGACAUUCAGAUUAUUCUUGUAGGUGCACUCUUUGAUGAUGAUUUAUGAGACUGAAAAGAAUGAAUGAACAAUGAAUAAUGUAACCGUGACUUCAACUAUUCAGUUGGAUCUUGUUAGUCAAGACAGAUGCAUUGGAAAAAUGCAUACUGAAGAUACUGAAGUGGGUCAUAUCAAAAUCAACCGACUGACCACUCUUUGUUCUUAUAUGGCUGCACAAUAUGGCAUCUCCUCAUUAAGAAGAACUAUGGGAAGUAAAAAAGAAAAAGCUAAUGAUGCCACAAAGAUAGAAAAAUACCACAAAACAGAAGGACGAUAAUUAUGAGAAAAAGAUUCAUAAAAAUGUUAUCAUAAAAAAAGUGAAUAAAAAAUCACUUAUUUACUGCUGAGUUGCUUACGUUGAUAGACUUUAUUUGCUACAGAGGAAAGAGGUGAGAGGAGAACAUAAGGCAAUUUAAGGUUUCGUACGAUUUCCAAGAACUUCAAUAUAUAAAUGAAUACCUAUUAAUUAAUGCUACACAACUAAAUAAUAUAUAGUAAAUAAUAUUUUGUUAUUUAUGUAUUUAUUUAUCCAUCUGCACAAUUCCUAAAAGAAUUUUACUAUAAGUUCAAUAAACUACAUUUUAUAUUCAGUAUUGAGUAUUGAGAACCACUGUUCUAACAUACAGAUCCUGCCCCUACGUGUUACACUUUUAUAGAAUGGCCAUUCUAUCCUCCUGGUUCUAUUGACAUUCACCUGUCUAUAUUUUUUCAUUCUCCAAUUCAAACAGGACAACAAUUUGACCCUUUUUUAAAUUUUGUUUUCAAGUGUUUUUCUUAUAUCUUCGGUUUCAAAGGAAGAAACUAACUGCCAGAAUGUACACUUUUGUUUUGUUUUUGUAUCACGGAUUAUCCGACCCAAGUUGUAAUAAACCAAAAUGAAGAACUCUUAA